UAUCUGCCUGACUCUCCUUGCCUCAGCAGAGUCUCUCCUCUCACACCUCCUCAGCACUACAGACACCCUCUGUAACCAUGUCUGUCAGAACCAUGAAGACCACCAACUACUCCUCCUCCUCCAGGGGCCCAUCCCAGAGCUUCAGCAGCCGCUCCUUCUCCGGCUACGGUGGGCAGAGUGUGGGCAGUGGCGGGCAGAGCUACGCUGUCCGCAGCUCCUAUGGGGGAGUGGGCAGCAGUGGUGCUGCUAUGGGCGCUGGGGGGUUUAAAAUGGGUGGUGGGUACAUGGCUGGAGGGUCUGCACAGAGAGGAGGUGGAGGAGAGUUUGGCUAUUUGGGCUUUGGUGGAGGUAUGGGAGGUGGCAUGGCCAAUGGUAUGGUGGCCCCCAUCACAGCUGUGACCGUGAACAAGAGCCUGCUGGCCCCCCUGAACCUGGAGAUUGACCCCAACAUCCACAUUGUCCGCACCGAGGAGAAGGAGCAGAUCAAGACCCUGAACAACCGCUUUGCUUCCUUCAUUGACAAGGUACGCUUCCUAGAGCAGCAGAACAAAAUGCUCGAGACCAAGUGGAAACUUGUGCAGGAACAGACCUCGUCUCGCUCCAACAUCGACGGCAUGUUCGAAGCCUACAUUGGUAACUUGCGUAAGCAGCUAGACAGCUUGGGCAAUGAAAAAGUCAAACUUGAGUCCGACCUGAGAAACAUGACGGGCCUGAUCGAGGACUUCAAAACCAAAUAUGAGGAUGAGAUCAACAAGCGCAAUGAUUGUGAGAACAACUUUGUCCUCAUAAAGAAGGACACUGACGCCUCCUACAUGCUCAAAUUGGAGCUGGAAGCCAAACUGGAUGGGCUCUCUGAUGAGAUUGAGUUCCUGAAGCAGAUCUAUGAUGCAGAAAUCCGUGAGCUGCAGGGCCAGAUCAAGGACACAUCUGUCGUGGUUGAGAUGGACAACAGUCGUAACCUGGACAUGGACGCCAUUGUUGCUGAAGUGCGUGCCCAGUACGAAGAUAUCGCCAACCGUAACACAGCCGAGGCCGAGUCAUGGUAUCAGAAUAAGUAUGCAGAGAUGCAGCAGUCUGCAAGUAGAAAUGGUGACGACCUGAAGUCAACCAAGACUGAGAUCUCCGACAUGAACCGCAUGAUAAUGAGGCUCCAGUCUGAAAUUGAAAAGGUUAAAGCACAGCGAAACAAUUUGGAAGCUCAGAUCGCAGAGUCAGAGGAGCGCGGCGAGAUCGCAGUACAAGACGCCAAACUCCGCAUCAGAGACCUGCAGGAAGCUCUCCAGAGAGCCAAGCAGGACAUGGCCCUCCAAGUCCGCCAGUACCAGGAACUGAUGAAUACGAAGCUGGCUCUGGACAUUGAGAUCGCCACCUACAGGAAGCUGCUGGAAGGAGAGGAAUACAGGCUAGCAACUGGAAUCAAGACCAAUAUAUCCAAGGGAACUUCAGCUGGGAAAUACAAUGCCUACGGCCUGGAGAGCUCCCGAACCCCGUCCUACGUCAGCUGCUCCUUCGGUGGAAUGAAGGCCAGCAGCGGUACUGUCGGUGACUUCGAUGGAGCAACAGUGAAGAACACCACAAUCAUCAAGACAGAAACCCUUGUGGUCAAGACCGAGGAGACGAUGGAGGAGAUGAAAGAGGAGGAGAAGGAGGAGGAGAAGGUGGAGGAGAUUGAGGAGGAGAAAGAGGAGCAGCAGCAGGUAGAAAUCGAGGAGCCAGCUGCUGAGGAGGAGCAUGGGGAGCAGGAGCAGGUGGAGGUGGAGGCUGAAGCUGUGGCUGAAGCUGUGGCUGAGGAGUGAUGUGUUUGUUCCUGUUCUGUCAGAUUUAUGAUUUUGGUCUUGGAAGUUAAGAAAAAGCACACUGACUCUGCUUUAUUAUCCACUUCUUUAAUGAUUCCCUCACCAAGGUGCCUUCACCACAUACUGUUUCCACUGUAAAGAGGUGUAAACACAACUUUCCUUCUUUAAUAAAGAGGUGCUAAUGGAUGAGUCUUCAUGGGUUCUUUACUGUCAACUGUAGUCUGUGUCACUGCCCGUGGUUCAGAGGUCACUGCACCACACUUGUCUAGCCAGCAGGUGGCACUAUUGUAUGUGUUUUCCUCUGCUGCACUGUCUUGUCGUUUUGACCUAAAGCACUGCUGUUACAUCAUGUGUACUGCUGUUAGGAGUAAAUUGGGGAAUAUAAACCAUCGCCAUGUGAAACUCCUUAUGCUAAACCUGCUGUACUUUAAGUAAGAUGAAAGCCUGUCACAAAAGUCUUCAUGAUUUCUGCUUAAAAAAACCUGUUUUGGUGUGCUACCAUUGGCAACGCCUGGAGUCCUGUUUGCUCGACAAUAAAUCUUCUUCAAACAGUA